AUGUCGGUGUAUAAUGACCUUCGUCUGGAACAAGAGCUUUGUGACGCGGUGAUCAGAGUGGACAACGUUGAAUUUCACGUGCACAAGAUCAUCCUCUGCAACUGCAGCCCGUACUUCAAAGCCCUCUUCACCCACUGGUCAACCCCCGACAGUCGGGUCUUUGACAUUCCCAAUGUGUCACCUGACAUGAUGAAGCUCAUCAUUGAGUUUGCCUACACUGACUUUGUUCCUGUGACGCAAGAAAAUAUACAAGAGCUUUUUAUCGCAGCAGACCAGUUCAAUGUAAAGGGCAUAAUUCAACCCUGCUGCAACCUCCUGGAGGAGCAGCUGGCUGCACAGAACUGCAUCGGCAUCUGGUGGUUCACAGAAGUCUAUUACGACCCCGAACUGAACCACAAGGCCUUCCUUUACAUGAUGAAUCACUUUGAGGAGGUUUCUUCCACCUCAGAAGAGUUUCUGCUGCUCUCUGUGCAGGAACUGGUUAAAAUCAUUGAGAAGGACCAACUCAAUGUGAGGCAGGAGAAGAUGGUGUUUGCGGCCAUCCUUCGCUGGAUUGCCUACGCAACUGAGGAACGCAGUGAACACAUCUCUCUGCUUUUGUCCAACGUCAGGCUGGCUUUAAUGAGUCCAGAAUACAUCACAGACAGCGUCAGAAACAACGAACUGGUGAGGGCAAGUAAGGAGUGUCGACCGAUUCUCAUCAGGACCCUGGCGGCCAUGCUCGACCUCCAAACAAAGUUGGUCCCUGACUCUAUUUUCUACAACCCUUUGGCCCGCCCACGACUGCCCCCUGCCAUCAUGUUGGCUGUUGGAGGCUGGAGCUCUGGCAGUCCCACCAAUGGCAUUGAGGCGUACGAUGUCCGUGCUGAUCGCUGGGUCAACAUACCAAACAAUGAGGAUAAGACUCCCCGGGCCUACCAUGGCGCAGUUUUCCUCGAUGGAUCAGUCUACUGUGUCGGUGGCUUUGACAGUGUUGAGCAGUUCAGCUCUGUGCAUCGGUUUGACCUGGUCACGCACACCUGGCAGGAGGUGACACAAAUGCAUUCAAGCCGCUGUUAUGUCAGCGUAACUGUGAUGGACGGGUGCAUAUAUGCCAUUGGAGGUUUUGAUGGACAUAAUCGACUCAGAAGUGCUGAGCGCUAUCAGUCCAGAAUCAACCAGUGGACUUUAAUUGCGCCCAUGCAUGAGCAGAGGAGUGACGCCAGCUGCACAACCCUCAGUGGCAAGGUGUACAUUUGCGGUGGCUUCAAUGGGAAUGAGUGCCUGUCAACGGCUGAAUGCUACAACCCAGAGACCAACCAGUGGACACUGAUUGCCUCCAUGGGCAACAGGCGCAGUGGGAUUGGCGUCAUUGCCUAUGCAGACCAUGUCUUUGCAGUUGGCGGUUUCAAUGGAACCAGCCGUCUUGACACUGCUGAGGCCUACAACCCCAAAACCAACACCUGGCACGCUGUGCCCUCCAUGCUGAGCUCUCGCAGUAACUUCGGCAUCGCAGUGAUCGAUGGCCGUCUCUUUGUUGUGGGGGGCUUCAACGGCUUCAGCACCACCUUUGAGGUCGAGUGUUAUGAUGUGGAAACCAGCGAGUGGUCUGAUGUCAGUGGAAUGGAGAUCUCCCGCAGCGCCCUGAGCUCUUGCGUGGUGUACGGACUCCCUAACCUGGCCGAGUACUCUGCCCCUCAUCAUACCCUGCAAUUUUACGAUGUAGAGGAGGAUGAAGUGGCAUAA